AUGGAUUGGGAUUGGGACGUUGACUUAAUGUCUUAUAUGGAUCUUGAAAGCGUGAUUAAAAGUAAAGGAUAUGGCAAUAUAAAGUGUCUUUGGUAUUGGAACCCUAUGUUUACAUUUACUCGAGGCCUUCGACCGUUGAAUAAUGACCAAGAUGUUCUAACCUUUAUUGAAGAUGUUAAAGGACAUAAUAUUGUCGAUGUUUAUGUUGAACACCCAGUUGAAAUACCUGAUUUUGUUGAAACGGAUGAAGUGAAUGUGGAGGAUGUGCAAGCUGAUAAAGUGAAUGUGGAGGCUGAUGAAGUAAAUAUGGAUGAUGCGCAAGCUGAAAAAGUGAAUGUGGAGGCUGAUGAAGUGAAUGUGGAGGAUGUGCAAGCUGAUAAAGUGAAUAUGGAGGAAGAUGAAAGUGAAACAGAUCCUAAUCAUGAGCCUAGUGAUGAGGAUGUGGAUGAAAGUGAUAUUGACUUAGGCCCUGAUGUUGAUGUAGAUUGGACAACAGUGUUGCCCAAUGAUCAAACUCAGAAUUCCUUAGGUCAUAAUGUAAUUUCUGAUAACGAGAGUUUUGAUUCAGAUGAGCUUCAAACUCCCCCAAAAAGUGAUGUUGAAGAUGAGACUGAGAGGUUUCCAAUUUUCAAAAAUAGCAAGAAAUUUGAGUUAGGCAUGAUGUUCAAGGAUAAGUUGCAAGUUAGAGAUGCCAUAAAAGAGUAUGCAAUGGAUAAGAAGAAAAAUGUUGUCUUAAGAAAAAAUGACAAGAAGAGAAUGGUUGUACGGUGCAUGGAAGGUUGUCCAUUUAAUAUGCGCUUUAGUAUGAGGACCGACAAUCUAUUUUGGCAACUUGUUAGCUUCACAAAUGAACAUAGUUGUUAUCAGACACCAAAGAAUAGACAAGCAAAAACAGAUUGGUUAGCUCGUAAUUUUGUUUAUACAUUACGACAUAGUCCUGACAUGAAUACUAAAGAUUUGAUUGCAGAAGCCAUGCAGAAAUGGGGUGUGAAGUUAUCAAGUGACCAAGCUUACAGGGCCAAGAGGAAAGCAAUGGAGCUGAUUUACGGGGCUGGUCGUGAACAAUUCACACAUUUAAGGAGGUAUGCUGAAGAAUUGCUCAAAUCAAAUCCAAACUCGACGGUUAAGAUACAAUGUGUUGUUUCCGAUUGUGGUCCUGUUUUUGAGAGAAUUUAUGUGUGCUUGGAAGCAUGUAAGGCUGCAUUUGCAACCACAUGCAAGCCACUUAUUGGGUUAGAUUCAUGUUUUUUAAAAGGGGACUUUGGAGGUCAAUUAAUAUCUAUUGUUGGUAAGGAUGAAAUAACAAGAUGA